AUGUUUGCAGGUGAUGAUAUGUCGACUGUUUGUUGUUUAACUAUACCAUCAAGUCAUUAUUCAUUGAUAUCGCCAUCAUCACGAUUCAAUUCUACUGAUGUAGUAAACGAACAAAAUAGAAGAAUAGAAACUACAGAAGAAAAUUAUAGUGUCAUUGCAAAUCAACAUUUAUCACCAAUGAUAUAUUCAAAUAAUUUACCGAUUUCGACUCGAGCUUUACAACAACAGCAACAACAUCCAUUACUUCUUGUUGCCGAAGAAGCAGAAGUAUUCGAUAUUGAGAAUCAAACUGAUAAUGAUAAACUUCUUCUACCUCGUUCAACACGUUCACUUAAACGACGUUCAAGUCUAUUUGAAAAAAGUCGAGAUUGGGCACGGCGUCUUAUAACACUUCAUCGAAUUCGUCGAAAUGCAAUAUCAAAUGAAAAAAUUCGUGAAUCUUGCUUUGAAUUCGACAAAAAGAAUUCGAUUAGAAAAAAUUCCUACCAUGGUUCAUUAUAUAAUUAUCCGAAAAAUUUCGACGAAGACGGUUAUUUAUCGCCAAUGGAAAUUCAAGCUAAAUUGGAUAAUAUUUCUAAAGAAAAUAAAUUGUCCUAUUCGAAAUCUUCAACAAAACUUUCUGAACAACAACAAUUACUCGUUUACUCUCAAAGUGGUUCUGAUUUGCCACAAUCUAUCUAUCGUUGUCAUGGUCCAAUCUUACAAAAACCCAUACCACAAUGUACAUGUCAACCGCGGUUGCCGUCGAAACCGUUACUUUCCGAAUUUCAUAAAUCGCUGUCAAUCGUUGAUUAUAUCGAUUUCGAUGUACCUGAUUCAUCAACGAAACAAGACGAAAGUAACGAGAACGACGAUGAUCCACUUUGCUGUUUAAAAUAUUUAUUUAAUGAAAAUACUACAAAAGAAAUAGAACAAAAUGGUAAUUUUAUUCGUCGCACACCACGUCGCUCAACAAAUACAUCAUCAAUAUCAGCUGAUUCAGGUUAUUGUGAUAUACCAACAACAACAUCAUCAUCAUCAUCAUCAUCAUCAUCAUCAUCAUCAUCAAAAUUGAUACCUGUACAUUUAGUAUCAUGUAGAUUAAUACCGGUGAAUGUUACACGAACAAAAUCAAUGGAUAUACAUUGUAUAACAUGUACAUGUCCGACAUCGUCGCAAUAUUUUUCUAAUAAAACUGCACGUCACCGACGAAAAUCUUCUGCUCAUUCACAUCUAACUUAUUCUAGACAACACAUGGAUAUAAUUGAGAAUGAGAUAAAUAAUUGUUGUUCAUGCAAUAAUAAGUAUUAUUCUACAAUGACAAUAUGUCCAGCAUUAUCUGUGUCUUCAUCGAUGGGAACUAAAUCCACAACAAAGAUUGAUGGCAAUCAUAAAGAUGAUUAUUAUCAUAAACAACAGAAAAAACAUUUUAGAAAAAAACGAGCAAGCCUUUUAAAGCUUCCACUAGUAAAUGAUGAUUUAACACCUGUAUCACGUUGGUAUAAACCAUAUCUUGAAAGAGAAGCGGUAUGUCAGGCUCUCCAAUCGGCUGAUUAUGGUGCAUUUAUUUUACGUAAUAGUACAACACAUUCAGAUUGUUAUGCUCUAUCUGUUAAAGUACCAAAAUUUACUCAUGACUCAAAUAUUGCUCAUUAUCUCAUUGAAAGAUUUGUUCAAAAUGAUACUCCUAGUUAUCGAAUUAAAGGAACAAUAAAGCAAUUUCCAACACUUCUUUCCCUAUUAACACAUCAUUCAGUUAUGCCAGAAAUUUUACCAAUAACACUUAAUCUUAAUGAAAUACUUUCGAUUUGA